AGAGGGAAGCGAUAAGAGAGACGGAGGGAGAAGGGUGGUGGUGGUGGAGGGGGGAGAGGAAAGGGAGAGAGAUACAAGGCGAGAUAUCGACACGCGGAGAGUGAGAGGAAGAGCCAGAGCCCAAGUGAGAGAGAGAGACGGCGACAGAGGCGGAGAGAGAGGACAUGGAGAGAACAGGGAGAGACACGCGGGGCUAGAGAGAAGACAGAAUGUGAAGAGACGGGGAGGGAGAGUGAACAGGGAGGGAGAUACAGAGACAGGCAGAAGGAGAGAGGCAGAGAGAGAGGACAUGGAGAGGAAUGAGGAGUAAGACGGAAGGGGGGCAGCAAUAAAUAGGAAGAGAGAGUCAAGGAGACACGGAGAGAGACACACGGGGAGCCGGGAGAGAUCGUGAGAGAGACGGGGACAGAGACAAGGAGAGACGCACAGAGAGAGGGAGGCCUUUCGUGACAGACGAGAGACACGGGGAGAGACACCGAGAGAGACACCGAGAGAGGAGAGAGAGGCAGAGAGAGAGCGAGUCGUGAUCUGCGCUACUCCCUCUCCGCCAGGCCCCCUCGCCGCUCUUCGUGUCGGGGGUCUCCCAGCGCGGACCGAGGGGCUCCAUCGUCCCGGGUCCCCUUGGCGGCGCGCUCCGCCCUCUCCUCCUCUUUCAUCCUCCUGCUGCUGCUCCUGCUGCUGCUGCUCCUCCUCGCUUGGGACCACGACCCCCGCGGGUCGUAGGGGUCGUGGGCCGAGCGGGUCGUGGGGGUCUCCUUGCCCGGGCCCCGAUGCACGGGGUUCCCGCAGACGCCGGCCGCGCCGACCCCCUCGGAGCCCCGCGGCGGGGACAGGAGGCGCCGCGCCAUGGCCGAGCGGCCCCACGACCCCGCAGCUCCCCCUGAGUACGCACAGGCGGUGAUGCCCCCCAUCCCCUCGGCCCCCGUGCAGACCCCUUCCCAGACCCCCCUCGGUCCAGGGGGGUCCUACCCCGGGCCCCCGUACACCCCGGCUCCCGUGAGCCCCUGCCCGGCCGCCCCUCCGGGGUUCUCACAGCCGGGGUUCGCCGCGCCGGGACCCUACCCGGUCCCCUACGCGGGGUUCAUGCCGGCCUACCCCGUCGGUGGGGGGUUCGUGUCGGGGUACGGCGCGGUCCCCGUCGGCACGACCGCCGUCGGCCACGCUCAGCCGCUCCCCCUGGGCCUAGGGGGCGGGGGGGUCCCCUCUGUGGGGAUCCACGUGGGGGGCACCCUCCUGGGAGGCGAGCCCCGGGCCCCCCCCCACGACUAUCUGCCCAUCGCCGUCUUCAGCACCGUGUGCUGCUUCUGGCCCACGGGGGUGUUCGCCAUUCUCAAGGCCGUGCAGGCACGUGCGGCCCUGCUGCGUGGCGACGUCCUGGCGGCCGAGAUCGCUUCUCGCCAGGCGCGGAACUUCGCCUUCAUCAGCCUGGCCGUGGGCAUCGCAGCGCUGGUGCUGUGCGCCAUCGUCACCUGCGUGGUGGUGAUCGCCUCCCGUGGUCACGAGGAGGCCCACUGGGCGCCGGGGGGUCACUAGCCGGGCCCGCCAAGGUCGGUGCGGCGGGGGGGAGGCCGGGGGGGGAGCGCUCUCACCCAACCCCCCCCCCCCCCCCCCCCCCCCCCCGAGGACCCCUGAGACUCUGUGGCACGGCACGGAGCCACACCGGGCUGCUUGUGACAGAGGCUCGCCGUUCGAGCCCGCCAGCUACCCCGGUUAAGGUAGAGGUGCAGCCCUGCAAGUGCUCGCUCACGCCACUGCCCGCGGAAAGGGCCUCCGCUCGCGCGAGCUAUCGGGCAGCCCAUUGGAACGGAGUGUUGGCCGACUCUUUUAUGCUGGGCAGACUUCUCAGAAGAGGUGGAAGUACCCACACUUUACCCUACCACUCACGCGGCCUGCCGACUCGACCGCCUGCGGACAGAGGUGGUGUGGGGUGAAUUUAAGAAACUUGCGAUCGUUGUUUCGGCUGCCGCGCCAGGAGGUGGAAUCGAGCCGAUGCCCUCUGGGCUGUGCUGCCCAUUGCACAACUGCGGGUUUAUUCACCGCAAAGAUAAUUGUUGUCCCCUCCGACUAUGAACGUGAAAGGUCCCGUGACAUCAUUGGGAAAAGAUGUGACCAUGUGUGCCCGUGUCACGGUCCACAUUUUAUAAAGUUUGAUAACUUCCUCGCCAAUUAUUUUAUUGGGAAAUAAAAGCACAUAACAUCGCCACCUACUGGCAGAGUCAUGCCCGUGUGCGGGCCGGUUCUUCGUGCACCUUGUACCACGCAGAGACAGCUGCUACUGGCGGUCCCCUAGGCUGGACUGCAGCAGGGCCUUGGAACGGUCGAGAUGAGAUGCAACGCAAGGCGCUUUGACUUGCCGAGGCAUUGCAGCAAGUCCUGGACUCUGACCCGUGUCUGACACCCGCGCC